GAGAGAGAGAGAGAGAGAGAGAGAGAGAGAGAGAGAGACAGACAUAGAGGGAGAGAAGAAGAAAGUCAAAUGGGGGACUAACGGGGGAGAGAAUAUAAAGCACCAACAAGUGGAGGGUGGAGCAGGGAGAGGCAGGAGAACGAGGCACAAGCAACAAUUUGCCGCACAAUUAUCAUUGAUCACCUACGAUUACCAUUGAUCACCUUCGAUUACCAUUGAUCGUGCUCUCGAUCACGAUGGAGCGUUGCAAGGGUGUGAACAUGUUCUGUAAGAUUUUGCUCGUCUGCUGGUGCGUGGUUUGCGCGUGGAGUGGAGCAGACGCCUCCUCCUCUACUCAUCCGCUGCUGCUGAUCGUGUCAUUCGACGGGUUCCGGUACGACUACCUGGAUAAGACGAACACACCAAACUUUGACGCCCUGAUCGCAGAUGGAGUGAAAGCCAAGUGGAUGGAAGCCUCCUUCCCCACGAAGACUUUUCCAAACCACUACACUCUUGCGACGGGUCUGUACGAGGAGUCGCACGGCAUCAUCGCCAACAAUUUCUACGACCCUGACCUUGAUGCGACCUUCCACAAGAGAACGAGCAUGACCGAAUCCCGUUGGUGGGACGCCGGCGCCGAGCCGAUCUGGGUGACCAAUCAGAGAUGCGACCGCGCGAAGGAGGCGGAGCCUGGCUGCCGCUCACGCCGCAGCGGCGCCUUCUUCUGGGUCGGGUCGGAGGCCGAGGUCAAAGGUCAGCAGCCGCACCGUUACAUGGCGUACGACGAAAGUUAUCCGUUUCGUGACCGAGUCGAAACGGUCGUCUCGUGGUUGACGGAUGCAGACGCGCCCACCAACCUGGGACUGAUGUACUUUCACGAGCCGGACAGCACAGGACACACGCACGGGCCGGAUUCACCCGAGCUAGCCACGGCAGUCAAGAUGGUGGACGACGUGGUAGGCCACCUGGUGAAGAGACUGCGCGAUGUUGGCCUCUAUGAUAGAGUCAACCUGAUCGUCACGAGCGAUCAUGGGAUGACGUCUGUUCACCCGAAAAAUACGAUAAUGCUGGACGACUACAUUGACAGCGCCACCUACAGGGGACAAUCGAUUCCGGGUUCCGUCGCACUUAUCUACCCCAUGGCAGGUAAUCUUGAAAAGGUCGUUAAUGUGAAGUCAUAA